CAGACAUGGCAAACGCUUCGGAGGAUAGAGCGCUGGGCACCCAUGCCGCCAGCCUUGGGCCCGAGGACGUUGCUUGGGGCGGCGAAAACUCUACCGUGGCCAACUUCACGUCGCAGGAGUUUCAAUCCCCAGAUUUCUACGUGGUCCUCCCAGUGAUCUACUCCGUGAUCUGUGCGGUGGGCCUGACCGGGAAUACGGCAGUCAUCUACGUCAUCCUGAAGGCUCCCAAAAUGAAGACGGUCACCAACAUGUUCAUCCUCAACUUGGCCAUCGCCGACGACCUCUUCACCUUGGUCCUGCCUAUCAACAUCGCCGAGCACCUCCUGCACUACUGGCCCUUUGGAGAAGUCCUUUGCAAGAUCAUCCUCUCCGUGGACCACUACAACAUCUUCUCCAGCAUCUACUUCCUCACCGUCAUGAGCAUCGACCGGUAUUUGGUGGUGCUCUCCACUGUCCGGUCCAAGAGGAUGCCGCACCGUACCUACCGGGCGGCCCGUCUCAUCAGCGUCUGCGUUUGGGUUUUGGUCACCCUCAUCGUCUUUCCAUUCUUCCUCUUCGCCAAUGUCUACAAGGAUGACUUGAACAUCACCAGUUGCGGCCUCAAUUUCCCCAAGCCCGAAAGAACCUGGUUCAAAGCCAGCCGGAUCUACACGCUCCUGUUGGGAUUCGCCAUCCCGGUUUCCACCAUCUGCGCCCUUUACGCUGCGAUGCUGUACAAUCUGAGGAGCAUGAGUUUAAACUCCAACGCCAAAGCGCUGGACAAGGCGAAAAAGAAAGUCACCAUUAUGGUCUUCAUCGUCUUAGCGGUGUGUCUCCUCUGCUGGACGCCCUUCCACCUGGCCACCAUCGUGGCUUUAACCACGGACUUGCCCCAGACUCCCAUGGUCAUCGGCGUGUCCUAUUUCAUCACCAGCCUGAGCUAUGCUAACUCGUGUUUGAAUCCUUUCUUGUACGCCUUCUUGGAUGACAGCUUUCAGAAAAGUUUCCGGAAGAUGUUAGAAUGCAGAGCUGCUUAAAAACCUCGGAUUCCUAAUCCAAACUUGGGUUUCAUCAACACACACACACACGCCUCUUGCAAAC